AUGCAGCGCGCCAACACGACCGAGAGCCUGCGCACGCCCGGCGCCGCCAUCUCGACGCUCAACCUCAACAAGCCCCCGCGGCCGGGCAUGGAGCGCGCGCCCACGUCGACCAACCUGACGCGCCCGCUGCCCAUCCAGCGCCUCGAGGGCAAGGUCGUCAUGAUCACGGGCGGCGGCGGCAAGGUGGGCGUCGAGUCGGCCGGCCGCCUGCUCAUCGAGGGCUGCAACGUCGCCCUCAUCGACAUCGACCAGACGGCCCUCGAGGUGGCCGUGCCCGUGCUCAAGGCCGCCAUCCCCACGGGCAUCCCCAUCGAGUCGCGCCUGCUGACCAUCGUCGCCGACGCCACCAAGGAGCCCGACGUCGAGGCCUGCGCCAAGAAGGUCGUCCAGCGCUUCGAGAAGCUCGACGCCGCCCUGCUCAACUGCUGCCACCGCGGCGAGUCCAAGAGCAUCUUUGACGUGACCGAGGACGACUUUGACCGCAUCAUGACCAUCAACGCCAAGUCCGGUACGCCCACGUGA